GAUGUCUCAUGUAAGUGAAAUGUGGUGCUAUCACUGGAAAUGGAAGCUGCGUCACUGCCUCUGCUUGUUUACCACAUAUAUUAUAUGCAUGCAGCAAGCAGCUCAUGGAUGCUACGACUGUAGGAUUGUGCUGACUGACCCCUCUGGAGUUUUCACUUCUCCAUGCUUCCCCAGUGAUUAUCCCAACAGCCAAUCAUGCAAGUGGAUCAUCCGAGCACCUCAUGGAUUCAUCAUACAGCUAACAUUUAUCGAUUUUGACAUUGAAGAAGCUCCAGGCUGCAUUUAUGAUUCACUGACAUUAGACAAUGGAGAAAGCCCAAUGAACCUGUGUGGCAUCACUGCCAAAGGAUUAUCCUAUAACUCUACCGGAAAUGAAAUGAUCGUGUUAUUUAAAAGCGACUUUAGUAUCCAAAAGAAAGGUUUUAAUGCCAGCUAUGUACGAAUCGCUGUGUCUCUGAGGAAUCAGAAAGUCAUCAUUCCCCAGGUUCCUGACAUCGACAUUGUGUCCGUGGCAGAGACUGUCUCAGUGCCAGAGCUCAGCCAGUUUACACUGUGCUUUGAAGCGACCAAGGGCAGCAGCGAUGACAAUGAUGACUGGAAGGUUUUCUCCUACACUGAUACAUUGUCGACAGAAUUCUUCAGCUUCGGGAAGACCACAAAAGGCCAUUUUCUGUCCAUUUCAGGCACGCAGUGUAUCCUUGAGAAUGCAUUGCCCCGAAAUUCAGAGUUUUUUACGGGAACCUUUCAACAGCUCUGUGUCAUAGGGGACAGCUUCUCGGGCAGUAUAGGUAUAUAUGCCAAAAGCACCUAUCAUACAGUGUACUGUCCAGGUAUCUUUGGCAAAGUUAUCCCUGGAAAUGGGAGGCUGGUGCUGGGCUCUAACAGCAACGAAGUGAGCUCUCUAAAUGGAGACAUUUACAACUUCCGCCUCUGGAAUUUCACCAUGAAUGCGCAAACACUGGCCAACCUCAGCUGCGAUGUGAAAGGAAACAUUGUAGACUGGGAAAAUGAAUUCUGGAGUAUUCCAACUUCAGCACUGAAAGCAGAAAACAAUUUGAGUUGUGGCUCCUACCUAAUUCCCUUUUCUGGAAUUGAACCAACCAGUUGUGCAAACCUGGGAAGCCUUUGCCAAGCUACUGUAAAUGCUACUACUCCUACACCACCCACUGUCACCACUAACAUGCCCGAUACUAAUAGAAACGAUAAGCCAAACAAUGGUGGGCUGUUCUACAGGAUAUCUAUAAUUGUCUUUAGUUCCAACUCGAACCCAGCGGUGAAAGUACAUGAUGUCAUUGCAGAAUGGCUAAACCGUACUUUCCAGAACUGGAAUUACACUGUGUAUGUGGUCAAUAUCAGCAUCCACCCUGGCUCCCUAAAAGAGGCAGUAAGACAAAAAAGAAGUAUUAAAAGUUUUGAGGUUUUGGCUCUUCUGGUUUAUAAUUCUACCAACAACAUCAAUUUAGAAGAGGAAGACAUCCGACAGAAGCUCAUAAGUAAUAAUGGGACCAUAGAAGGAGGAUAUAAGCUUCAUACCGUGGAAGUUGAUCCAGUGGAAAAAUGUUUAGCUGAAGAAAACCCUCCAAACUAUUUUUGGCCGGAUACCAGACCGACUGUGACGAACUUCACAUUAUGCCAUGGGAGCUCAGUUCAGACUGCAUCAAGAACCUGCUAUUUGGGUCUGCAGAAUUAUACAUCAUACUGGGGCCAGCCUGAUCUUAGAAAUUGCACAGAAAAUGCAGCUGAUAUAGCCAAUCAGCUUCUGAAUCUCACUGGUGAAGGGCAGCAGCUAACCUCAGACAAAGUAAAUGAUGUUGUGCAGAAGCUCAAAAAAAUUGUGAAUGAUGAAGAAAUCGAUGAAUCUCUGGGUUCUACCGUGGUGACAAUUUUUUCCAAUAUUCUAACCAGUUCAGACAGUGUAUUGGCAGCAUCAUCUUCAGAAGCUCUAAAAACUAUUGAUGCCUUGGCUUUAAAGAUCCAGUUCACUGGACCAUCCAUGAGUAUUUCAACACGAAACCUUGCACUUGGAGUGUCUUCUAUAAACUCAACUUCAUUCAAAGGUGGUUCUUUCAGUGUCAGUCCACAGAACAAUGCAUCUGAUUUCCAGAUAGAUUUUGACAAGGAUCAGACAAAUGCCUUUGCUUCUGUCGUUCUGCCACCAAGUUUACUGAAGAAUUUAAGUCAAGAGGAGUUUGAAGUUAUAUCCAGGGCUCAAUUUACUUUCUUCAAUAAAAACGGUCUUUUUCAGGAUGCAGAAAAUCCUGCCAAUUUGACCAGUUUUGUAGUGGCAUGCAGUAUUGGAAACAUAACCAUUCAGGAUCUUCCAGAUUAUGUGAAGGUUACAAUUAGGCAUACCAAAAUACAGGAAGAUCCUAAGCCUACCUGUGUCUUCUGGGAUAUGAAUAAAAAUGGUGGCAGUGGUGGCUGGAACCCUGCAGGCUGCCAAGUGGAUGCAGAGUCCAAUGAAAAUGAGACCGUUUGCUUGUGCAACCACCUCACACACUUUGGGGUCCUAAUGGACCUUCAGAGAACCGUUACACAAAUAGAUCCACAAAAUACCAAGGUCCUCACCUUUAUCACUUACAUUGGCUGUGGGAUAUCUGCUAUAUUUUCAGCUGCAACUCUUCUGACAUAUAUUGCAUUUGAGAAGUUGCGAAGAGAUUAUCCGUCCAAAAUCCUGAUGAAUUUGAGCACAGCCCUGCUCUUUCUUAACCUGAUCUUCUUGCUUGAUGGUUGGAUUGCGUCAUUUGACAUAGAUGGCCUCUGCAUAGCUGUUGGUGCACUUUUGCACUUUUUUCUUCUGGCCACCUUUACGUGGAUGGGACUAGAAGCCGUUCAUAUGUACAUUGCUCUAGUGAAAGUGUUCAACACCUAUAUACGGCGAUAUAUACUGAAGUUUUGCAUCAUUGGCUGGGGUUUGCCAGCUCUGGUGAUAGCAAUUGUUUUAGCAAGUGCUAAUACAAAUGCAAUUAAUGUUUAUGGCAAAGAGUUAUACGGCAAAGAUGCUGACGGGCAAGGAGGAGACGACUUCUGCUGGAUCAAGAAUGAAGUUGUCUUCUACGUGACUUGUGCUGGCUACUUUGGAAUCAUGUUUCUGAUGAACGUUGCUAUGUUUAUUGUGGUGAUGGUGCAGAUCUGUGGGAGGAAUGGGAAAAGAACUAAUCGGAGCCUGAAGGAAGAGAUCCUGAGGAACCUCCGUAGCGUGGUCAGCCUGACCUUCCUCCUGGGCAUGACGUGGGGCUUUGCCUUUUUUGCCUGGGGUCCCUUAACUCUUGCUUUCCUGUACCUCUUCUCCAUUUUCAACUCAUUGCAAGGUUUAUUUAUAUUUGUAUUCCAUUGUGCUAUGAAAGAAAACGUACAGAAACAAUGGAGAAGACAUCUCUGUUGUGGCAGAUUCCGGCUGGCAGACAAUUCAGAUUGGAGCAAAACAGCAACCAAUAUUAUAAAGAAGAGUUCUGAUAAUCUUGGGAAAUCCCUGUCCUCUAGUUCCAUCGGCUCCAAUUCAACCUACUUAACGUCCAAAUCAAAAUCUACAACGAAUACAUAUUGCAAACGAAACAGCCAUACGGAGAAUGUUUUUCUUGACAAGCCAUCUUCAAAAUUUUCCCAAGAGGAUGGAGAACAGACAUCAAUCAUCCCUGUCCACCAGGUUAUUGACAAAGUCAAGGGAUACUGCAAUCCUCACUCCGACAACUUCUAUAAAAAUAUCAUCAUGUCUGACACAUUUAGUCACAGCACAAAAUUCUGAGUGGGCUUCUGAAUUUUGUAAACCAAAGGAAG